ACUUUUCUUUUUGUCUUCUUCCUCCUCUUUCUUUCUUCUUUUUAUUUUUCUUUUUGUCCAUACCCUAACGGUCCCCUGCUUUACUACCCCUGUAUCCCGUCCCUCCUGUCUGACCACUCCCUGUCCCUAAACCUUGCUUCCUAACGCCCAAUCCCAUUGGGUCAUCAUCCGUAUCACAUCUCCUUUCCUCUCUUCACACACAGACGUCCUCUCCCACUAUUAUCCCUUCCCCUUCGACUUACCCAGCACAAGCAACAACGAAACACACCCAUCGCAAUGUCACGACGAAUGUCAGAGGCCACCUCUGUCUGCUCUUUCGACAGCAUCCCAACCUUGGCAGACGUCGAGGCUACGCUUGGAAGUGUCGAUAUGAACCAGCGAUAUGAACUCUACUCCGGCAGACUCAUCUCCUUUGCCGAGGUCGGCCAUCCUUGCGGACACCCCGUCUUCUGCUUUCUAGGACUGGGCUGUAUGCGAUACUACUCCAUUAUCCUCGAGGAUCUAGCCUUCAAGCACCAGCUCAGAAUAUACUGCAUCGAUCGGCCUGGCGUAGGCAUGUCCCACACAACCGAGCCUGAGGAAUGGACGCCUCUCCGAAUGGCUGAGAUUGUCGAGGAGAUGGCUAACGGAUUCAACAUCCAGCGCUUCUCCGUGAUGGGCCACUCUUGUGGAGCCAUUUACGCCAUGGCCUGUGCCCUCCGCCUUAAACCUCGUAUCGUCGGCACUGUCUGGUUGAUGUCUCCUUGGGUCCAUUUGACACUCGCAAAGCGCAUGAAGUGGAUCAAGCACGUCCCAACAACGUUACUCAAGUCCCAAAGUACAGCCAGUUUGUUAUACAAGUCGCUCUCGGUCGCAGCCAAGGAGCCGCCCUCUACUUCGGACCCCAACAUCCUGAACUAUGACCGUGAAAAGUUGUGCAAGGCCAUGUUGGAGGAUAAUAUGGCUGAAAGUCUUGAGGGCGCCAAUAACGAUCUAAUGGUCUGCCUGGAACUAUAUCAUUCGUUUGGAUUUAGCUACAAGGAUGUAAAACUCCCAGUUCACGUCUUUUGGGGCACCAAGGACGCUGUGAUUUCCAGGGAAGCUGUGGACUGGAUGGAGCAGAAGCUGGAGCAAUGCACUCUGAGCGUGAUCGAAGGCGGCACGCAUGGCCUUCUCUGGCGUGCAGAUGUGGUAUCCCAAAUCUUCAAGGGCAUCUCCUCAUCAUGGAAGCUGGCCGAAUUUGAGCGAUCUCUUUCGCAGCGGUGGUCUAUUAAGCAGCUCGGCCUGAGUACCACUAGCAACAGACAUCUUUCGUACAGAAGCAGCACUUAUAGCGGCAACGGACAGAUCCAGCAGGCGAUUCAGACAAGCAAUAUCUAUGAGAGCCUUCAUCAGGCAACACUUCACCCACACCAGGUCUUGGAGGACUCUGAAGGUUUCUGAAGGAUCAUUAUCAAACAUACAUCACAGCGACGUUUCCACAUCAUUCGUUCUCCUUUCCCCUGAGCAUCCAUUUGUACCAUAUACCCAUAUAAAAUAGUAAUAAUAAUGCCAUCCGUUCAAUACUGUGUUUU